AUGUCUGAUACUGAGCAGCAGUAUAUGGAGACUUCCGAGAAUGGCCAUGAAGCUGGAGAGGCCGAGGUCGCCGAAGUGAAACCCUCUGCAGCUCAGGGAGGCCAGAAUGGACCCGAGGGCGAUCAGAUAAAUGCGAGUAAAGCGGAGGAGGACGCAGGGUGCGUAGCUGAAAUUUCUUCCCCUUUAACUGAAGGAGUGAAAAUGUUUGUUGGUGGUCUCAGUUGGGAUACAAGCAAGAAAGACCUAAAAGAUUACUUUUCUAAGUUUGGUGAAGUGACUGACUGCACAAUCAAGAUGGACUCUAAUACUGGUCGAUCUAGGGGGUUUGGCUUUAUUCUGUUUAAGGAUGCUUCUAGUGUUGACAAGGUUUUAGAACAGAAGGAGCACAGACUGGAUGGGAGAGUGAUUGAUCCAAAAAAAGGCAAUGGCUAUGAAAAAGGACCCAAUAAAGAAAAUAUUUGUUGGAGGACUGAAUCCGGAAGCAGGUGAAGAGAAGAUCCGGGAGUACUUUGGGAUAUUUGGUGAGAUUGAAUCGAUUGAACUGCCAAUGGAUCCAAAAACUAACAAACGAAGAGGCUUUGUCUUUAUUACAUUUAAAGAGGAGGAACCUGUAAAAAAGAUCUUGGAAAAAAAGUUCCACAAUGUGUCAGGCAGCAAGUGUGAAAUCAAGAUAGCUCAACCAAAAGAAGUAUAUCAGCAGCAGUAUGGUGGUCGAGGAGGCUUUGGUGGAAGAGGAGCUCGAGGUGGAAAAGGUCAAGGACAGAACUGGAAUCAAGGCUACAACAACUACUGGAGUCAGGGUUAUGGAAAUCAAGGCUAUGGAUAUGGCCAGCAAGGUUAUGGAGGCUAUGGCAGCUAUGACUAUUCUGGAUAUGGGUAUUAUGGAUAUGGGCCAGGAUAUGACUACAGUCAGGGCAGUGCAAGCUAUGGAAAAGCCCCUAGACGUGGUCAUCAAAAUAAUUACAAGCCAUAUUGA